AUGGAGGCUCAAGGAUUGAGUAACAGCCAAGCAGAAGUUACCAACAAGGAGAUCCUCAAAGGACUCCGGACUCGGCUCGACCACGCUAGAGGCAACUGGGUCGAUGAACUCCCUAGUGUAUUGUGGACUCAUCGUACCACACCAAGAGAGGCGACUGACAUCAUCUCAUUCCAUCUGGUGUAUAGGGGCGAGGCAGUGGUUCUGGUGGAAGUUGGAGUAGAUUCUAAUGGGGUGCAACUUUAUGACGAUGGGAACGCCGAUCAGAGGCUCAUGGAACUCGACCUGAUAGAUGAAGUGCGAGAUAAGGCUGUUGUUCUAUUGAUGGCAUAUCGACAGCGCAUAAAGCAGAGCUACAAUCGGAGGAUGAUCCCAAGAUUAUUCCAAGUCAAUGACUUUGUAUGGAAGAGAGUGAAACUGAUCGACGACAUCACCAAGCUAGAAGCCCGGUGGAGAGAAUCCUACAAAGUUAUUCAGAAGCUCUGA